AGUGUACAGAUCUUUGUAAAUGGUUUAAGUACACUGUUUCUGAAAUUUGCAAGAAGGUUAAAUAGGCUUUGCUAUGUCUGUUUUUUCUAUAAAAUUAAAACCAAAUCGGCUCUUAAAUGUAUGUCAAACUUAUCUUCCUUUGGCAAUUUCAUGUUGUACAAGUGUGUAUACCUUGUAUGGUCAUGGUUAGUGAUUCCACUCAGUGACACGUCCUACGACUGGAAGCAUCGUGGCUGCAACCGAAUUGUUGAAUGUUUACGGCUUCAACAUCUGAUGCUACGAAGGAGAGAAUUCUGCAUGAUUACCGGGCCGGCAGAGUGCGCGUCGUUGUGGCAACAGUCUGCUUUUGGCUUGAAGAAAGUUGCUUUCUCAGAAUUAUAACUCACAUAGCUGUAUUUGUUCCUAUAAUAUUUAUAUUAACUUAAUUAAUAAAGUUUCUCUAUUUCAAUUUCCUCACUCGCGUCCAUACAAUAUUAACUAAACUCUUAAUAUUGUACGUUGCCAGUUAAAACAUGAAUAUGUAUUUUGAUUAGUAAACAAGGGAUGACUAUUGAUACUAAACAAGAACAUUUAUUUUCUGUGAUGAUAGAUCUGUAUUCGGACGUACGACUCGUGGGCCACUGGGGCGCACUGCGUUCCAUGCUUUCGCACUGGCCGGUGGAUAUGGUGAUCCCGCACUGGCCGUUGUUUAAGCCUACGCGCGGUCAACAACGUAGUGCGAUGACGCCAUCAAUACAAUGGUAAUGGGGCAGAAUGUGUCAGAAGAACAGUUCGGACUUAGCUGAGAACAAAAGAAAUGGCUCCUAUUCCCGCCCAAGCCGUGCAAUGUCUGGACACGCGAUCCAUGACGUUUGUUCAGAUAGAGGCUGAACAGAGUGUGAUGAAUAGAUUCAUAGACAAACGUUUAGUGUUUUCUACAACAAAUGCCGGCGGUCACCAGGGUUCGCAGGGUUUGUCAAGUCAGAGAGAAGCACUUAACUGCGCGAGGAAAUGCACAGAGAACAGCUCGUGUAAUGGAUUCGAUAUUGUUGCGAGUAUGUCCGGAAAUUCACCAUGCACAUUUUUCGAGUUCCCGAACUUGCCCGAUCAGAGUUUGAAAGUCGUUCUGGAUCAAAUUCUGAAAGCACAUAUGUGUGAACCUGAUUGGUGGUCCUUUCACGACAAAUGCUACACCUUUGAAAUGAAGAAAGAAACAUGGUCUAACGCAGAAGAGAUUUGUCUGCAAAAAGGCGGGCAUCUAGUCAGCAUCAACAGCGACCGCGAAAACGACUUCAUAACGGCCUUAACGAUGAUACAUCAUCAGAAAGGAACUGUGUGGAUAGGAGGUCAUCACAACGGCGGAAAUCGCAGCUGGACUUCCGGUGAGCCCUGGGCGUUCGAGAAGUUCUACCCUACCGAACCCGGCACGGAUGGGGCGUGCUUCUCGCUGUAUGCGAACACGUACAUGUGGUUUGACGAAUCCUGCUCCGAUAUGCAAGCUUUUGUCUGUGAGAAAUGAGUCCGCUAGGCGAUCUGAUUACAAAAACUUCGAACAUAUCCAUGGCUAAUCAAAUUGACAUUGAAAUUUAUUCUUAACAAUGUUAAUACCCAUACAAUUAAUAUAUUAGUUUCCGUAUCAAAAUAUAUACAAGUAUACACAGUAUAAGAAUAUACCACUGAAUGACGGUCAUCAUGUCAUAAAAUGUUACGAAUUAGAUAUUAAGAUGAUGUGCGAGCGUAUAAUUUAUGCUAAUUGGUUUCAUGGGUAAAAGGUCACUGUGGCCAAAAUUACAUUAUUUGAAUAAACCGACUAUUUAUGCGUUUUAUAUGGGUUACGGAAGUUCUGCGUAUAAGCUAAUUUAAAGUGCAUGUAUAAGCACUAAAAAUAAUAUUAAUACUUAAUAUUGUUUCGCGUAAUUGCGGGCAUUUUUAUUUGAUAUAAACCAUAGACAUUUUAAUGCACUGGCAAGUUUAAUAUGUACUCAUAACAGUUUCUGUCAUAGGAAGAAAAUACAAUUACAUUCAUCGACUGUAUUGUAUAAAAAUAAGUUCUUUUAAGAAAUAUUAGCUCGCCAUUACAUUAGACUCCAAAACAUGGAUAAAUACGAUGUCAAAUUGAACAGUGGCAUUAAUACUUAUUUUUAACUGAAAUAUAGGAGCGAUUGGCCAGUUUACUGUUUGAUUACGAAGCUGCUUCGGAUAAGAGCUACUUUCAAUAGAUAUCUCGUCGUAUAACAGAAUAAAGAACAUAAAGAACAAAUAUUUGGCGAAUAUCCCAUCUUAAUUGUCCUUACAGAUUUAUUGUACGUGUUUUCAAGGUUUGUGUCCUUUGGCGGCACAUUGUUAGCCAAUGUUCCGUUAGCGGAAAUCUGGUUCCGCUGCCAAUGUCAUACGUCAAUAAUUUGUAUGAAGCACAUUGUUGCUGAGCAUGUAAUAACUUUAAAAUUACUUGGCGCAAAAUGAGAAACGUUCAGAUGGUAAGUGUGGCUCAAAAAAAACAGGUCCGUUGUCAAAAGUCACUGGUCGCCGUGGUGUAAACGGAUAUGGUGUCCGCCUAGCGACCGGGAGGUCACGAGUUCGAUUCCCACUGUCGGAGCGUUUUGUAGAUCUAUCCAAAAGACACCAAGUACUGGUUGUUUGAAGAGAAAACGGACUCGAGAGCGGUUCAAUAAGCCACAGGUUUUCAAUGCAAUCGAGCUCAAAUAAAUAGGCUUAAACCAAAACUUCACAGUUCAAGUUUAACGAUCAACCUCUAAUAUACUAUCCGGAGCAUUAACUUGUUCAUUGUUAAUAGACUUUCAGAAGUAGCAGAUUGCCCCAGGUCCAAAGGUUUAAGGUCAAAGUAAUAAUUUAAGGUCACAAUUAAAAUAUUAGAAAAUAAAUUGUUACCAACAUUGCCCAUUCUUUAUAGGACGUUAUUUUAUGAACAAAACUGUCAUGUUUCACAUGUAUGAUUGUUCUACUUUGUAUUUUGUAUUUACUCCAUUUAUUAUUUCGAUGAAAAUAUGUCAAAUUACACACACUAUUUACAUCCGUGCACUAAGACCGGCGCUAAACAAGGACGGGGGUGCUACCAACUCUCGCACUCCUGGGACAAUACGUUAACAUCGCUCACCCCGACAAUUAGCGAUGUUUACGUUUCCCAACAGUAGAAAUCCUUCUGCUGAUGAAGUCUGUAGUACACGGACGAAACCUCCAGGUAUGGCUUUCAAUACUUCGUGUGUGUAAUUUGACAGUCUAAAACUUACUUGAUGGUAUUAUUUUAUAAUGUUUGUUGGAAGUUGUUAUGUUUUAAAACCAUUAAUGUUCUAGAAAGGGUGUUUAAUCAGUUAAGUUUCCUAUUAAAUAAAAACGAAUACAUCAUUUCAGCUA